UAUUCCUCGUUUCUCUGUUUUUCCCUACGUUUCAGAGAUUUUAAAUCUUGAUUCGCACAUGAAGACGGUGUUAGGGAAACUGACGUGUGAUGUCAGCAAGUUAGAAUAACCGCUGUGUGACUGUUCGGCCUGCCUUAGGGCUACACCUGCACCAUCACCGCCUAGACAGAUGUCCACUGUAGGAUGCUGAUGAGAUGUGGGCCAGGCAUGUUGGAAAGACUCUUAGCUAAGAUCACUAUGUUUUACAAGGAAAGGAAGACAUAGAGUAUCAAGAAUAUCAUUGAAGAUGGACAACGGGGACACCUGUAGUCUGUGGGACAAUGAAAAAAUGGAUGCCAACACUGUAUGGCAGUGGCGCAUUAUGCAUGCAAAUAAAUAUUCAGAACAUACAAAACCAUUCCAUUAUAGCAAAGAAAUGGGAUUAGAUUUUACUGUUGGAUCCAACACACAGGAAAAAAUGGACUUACAGUUAGUGACAAAUGGUGUCAUACUUGAGGUCUGUGACUUUGCUAAAAUGGUAAAGAAGAGUAAAAGGCACUUCAUCACAAACAUUCUGGAGAACAAUUUUGAUCUUGGUUUGAAAAAUGAGCAACAGCGGAUCACGUUUACUUCUCAGAUUCUGCACAAAGUCAAAGACCUGAUCCAAAAACCUCCUAAAGAUAAACAUGAAGCUUUUACUCUCUUUGACAUGUCAUCUAAGACAGAAUGUGCCAGCAGCAGCAAAAAUGGACUGAACAUGGCAUCUAUAGAACGUAACACUGACAGUUUUCAGGUGGACAUGGAUGAUACUGAUGGAAAUGAACAUGAAGAAGUAAAGUGCUCACUAACCCCAUCUAAAGAAAAUAUAAAGACAGAAGAGAUGGAUGGACCAUGUGCUGAUGACAGUGAUGAUGAAGAUGAAUUUGAUUGUUCAGGGGCUCAGUCAACAAAAGAACUGGGAGAGGACGUUCUUCCCCCCUUGUACCCUUGUUGUAAAGAAAUUGGUCUGAACCUUGACGUUGGUUCAAAUCAAAGUUUAGAUCCAGGUUUGUUGACAAAAGGCGUGAUGUUAGAACUGGUACACUUCACUAGAGUACUGACUGGAUCCUACAGUUCUAUUGUUCUCAGUGUGUUAGAGCGUAAGUUUGAUCUUGAUCUUAAAAGUCAACAGGGAAAAAAUCGAGUCUGGUCCAAGGUAGUAGACCUGCUGAAAAGGAGAGAGCGACUUCUCAAAACUGGUACCAAAAUUAGUCCAGAGUUCAAAAGUGAGCCAUUUUCCUUUCAGACAAACCCCAUUAAAAGAGCAUCAGUGCCAUCCAAUGUGAUAGCGCAGAUAUAUAAAUUUAAAGAGGUGACAAAGACAAGGCAGUCUGAAUUAAAAGGUAAACAGAAAAAGAGGACUCUUUCACGGACAAGUGAACAAAUCACCAAGCGGCACAGAAGACAUCUGUCUCAACACAGAGAAACAAACACACUCUCUGAUCACACUGAUUUGUGUACCAGUCAAACAACAGAGGAUAACCACUGCUACAUGUGUCCUUUAGAUUCAGACGAAGUGACAGAUUCAGAAAACACUGAAAGCCCCAGAGAAUCAGAAUCAGGUUGUCCUGGUACACAUGGACCUUUCUUUGCCACAUCUGAUGGUUCAUCCAGUUUACCAAUUGUAAACUCAAAUGUGAAACCACCAUUUACAAGUCAGCCUGAUAAAAGAGGGCUGUCUGAAGAUGAGAAGACACAGAUUCCAAGAAAUGCACCAAAUAAAUGUGAAAUAGAACAAGAUGACAUUAAAAACGAGGGCAGCGUGUGGAAAUUGCGUGCUAAUCGUGUGAAACAAAUCCUUUUCUUAUUAGACAAAGAGUACUGUGCAUUCACCAGAUCCAAAAAAAUUGGCCUAGAAUUUGAUGUUGGAUUUGGGCCAAAGCAAAACUUCAGUGGUGACUCUUUAGGAAGUUCUGUUUUACUUGAAGUUGCUAAAUUUGCAUUAGCAAUGAAUUCAUCCCAGCAGGAAUUCAUCAUGGAGAUUCUUGAGUACAACUUUGACUUCGGCUUGUGGACCAAGAAGCAGAGGAAAGCUUUUACAUGUGAAGUUAUGAAGAGAGUAAGACAGCUUCAAAAUAGUGAGGAUGCAGUCAAGCACUCAAAAGAGAUUUUUGAACUUUCUUGUCCCAUGUCAUCAGUUUAUAGGGCAAGUCAGAGCAUGGGCUGCAUCAAUCCUGAGCUCAGCAGCAUAUCAGGAACGGACAAGUGUGAUUUUGCUCCUGUGUGCCCCGCUGAUUCACACAUUGAAACUAAAGAACAUGAUGUGGGCUUUUAUCCUUUCUGCAGGGAAAUUGGUCUGAAGUUACAUGUAAACUACAGUCAACCAAAUCAAAAACUUGAGAUCAACAAAUUGACCAAUGGCGCAAUGACCGAAGUGAUAAACUUUGCGGAAAUGUUGUGUGGAACAUUUGAGCCAAUUUGUCUUGAUAUCCUCAGACACAACUUUGAUCUUGAUUGGCUAAAUGGAGAGUCAGAGCUUGCCAGAACUAUUCUUGCUCAAAUUCCUGUUAUCAUGGAGCAAAGAAAUCUGUCAACCUGUAUAACAGCCUACAGGAAAAUGAAGUGCACAAGAAAAGGAAGGAGGGUGAAACAGGAUUGCCAGAACAACCCAAAUGUAGAUACAUGUAGUACUUCCCAGGCACCAAUCAUAGACCAAAAUGUUGGGAGUUCCACUGACACUGAACAAGAAAAUGAGCUCAAUUUAUGGCUGUGGAAAUUGCGGGCAAUUCAAAUUAAGCAAAUCCUCUCAGUGCCUCAUGGAGAACAUUGCCCAUUCUAUUCGUAUUCCAGAUGCAAGAAAUUAGGCAUCAAUUUCAAUGUGGGAUCUGGAGUAAAACAAAACCUUGAUCCUAAAUUACUGACCAAUGGCAUCAUGGUUGAAGUUAAAACUUUUGCUACAGCCCUGCAAUCAGCCCAGAAAGAUUUCAUCACAGAGAUACUGGAGUACAAUUUUCAUCUUGAUUUAAACAACGAGCUUUAUCACAGUGCCUUUGCACAGCAGAUUCAGGAAAAAGUCAAAUCAAUGAAAUUAAGAAAUAAAAAAUCAAGCAUCAGACGAAUUAAAAUGCCUUUUGAACUCCCUGACUUGAGAUGCAUAGAGGAGUCUACUUAUCCAAAAACUAAAUAUUGCCCCAAAUGUUAUCAAGAUAGAAAUUAUAAGCCUCAUCAAGAGGAAUCUGACCCUGGUAACAUGCUUCAUCCUCGUCCACAUACCAUGAAUGACACAGUCUCUGGGGAGGCAAGAUACACAGCACAAAAGCCUGCACAGGAUCUGUCUUCUACUUUCCAAGCAACAGAGGAGACAAUCAUGGACAGUUACCCUCGUUGCAAGAAAAUAGGUCUAACCCUAUGUGUGGAUAAGGACAAACCAAAAGAUAAACUUGACCUGCAUGUAUUGACGUGGGAGGUUAUGAAUGAAGUGGCUAGUUUUGCCAGAAGGUUGUGUGGAACAAAAAACAAGAACAUUAAUGAUGUCCUUGAACACAAUUUCAACUUUGGCACGCAGAGCCACAGAAUAAAUCCUGCAGUUCAGUUCCACAGAAUGACUACACUAAAUGAUGGGGUUCCCUCCUGGUUCAGUGAAGUUUUUGUUGUUCAGCCAUGUCCUCACAGAGAUCCUGGAGAUUUGAGUAAGCUGAAAGAGGCAUCUGCCACUCUUAAAAGUGAAAGGAAGGAAACAACCAAAAAAAGAAGGCUGGCACUGCAAAUAAAGAAGGAACAAGCCACAAUGCCAAGUGAUAAAAUGCCACAUGUCAUAAAAUCAAAGAAGACUAGGCAGAGUAGUGGAGAAUGCACUCCCAUUUGCACAAAAAUAGGUCUGGACCUAGAUGUGACAUCAAAAUCAGGAGGCAAAGACAAACUAGACAUCAAUCUACUGACUAGAGGUGCAGUGAUGGAGAUCUAUCGAUUUGCUGUCAAGAAACUAAAACACUAUUUCCCAAAUACUGUGUAUGAAAUCCUUGACUAUAACUUUGAUCUAAGCUCACAACAUCACAGACGCUGGGAAUUUUCCCUAGCUAUUGCAACCAAAGUCAAAGCCUUGGCCAAACAGCACCAGAGAACUUUACACAGAGAAGAUGAGGUUUUCAAAUUACCAUUUGUGUUUGAACACAAGGCAUCAAAAAAAUUGGCAUUAAAGACACAAAAGAAGAAAAAUGCUGAUGCUUCUGUGAGAGAACCGGACAAGACAACAAGUGAAGCUAGAGUUGUGCAGCAAAUCAGAUACCAUUCAGAUGUCAAUUGUGUCUAUUUUCUUGAUGAUGUCAAGACUAAGGAGGAACAUUGGUUUGAUGAGGACACAAAUGCCUUAACAGAUCCUGGGACGGUGAUGCAGAUGAGUCCAGUGAGUAGAGGUUAUUACAGUCCUCUCCAGGGAAACAUACAGAUCAAAGAGGAGGAACAUCAUGAGAAUGUCAAAACAGAGCCAAACACAGAGGAUGUCAAGUAUUUAGUCCAAGGUGAACCCGCAGGAUCCCUUGGAUAUACCUUGAUAGCCAUAUGUCCAAACUCUGAAAGCAAUAUAAAAAGAGAAUCAGAAACUGAGGAUGCCAAGUAUUACAACCUGGUUGAACCACAAUAUGCUAUGCUAGCUUUAUGUCCAAAUACUGAAAGUAGUGUGAAAAUAGAAUCAGACACUGAAGAUGUUAAGUAUGUAGUCCAAGGUGAAGCAGCUGGAUCCCAGGGAUACGCCAUAAUAACCAUGGGUCAAGACACUGGGAGUACAUUGGUCAGAGAAGGGCAAGGAGAUGUGCCAGUUAGGUUAUGCCAUUAUGGAGUUGUUUCAAACACAGAGAGUGAAGUGGACAUCAAACAGGAAUGGGAUUCUUAAUGAUCAAAAUGAUGGUUCACACAACAGACAGGUUUUUUUUUUUACUGUAAACAGAUCAAUAGAAACUGAUUAGCAACAAAGAUCCCAGUUUGAAUGGAGCUGCCUGAAAGUUUCUUUCUGUCAGAGAAUGCAAUUGAUGACUCGGAGCUGCACAAAUGUAUUUCAUAAGACUGUGUGUGCUUAAAAAACUGAUUGUUAAACUCAAAAAAUUGAGGCAUGGAUUCAAAGCCUACAAAGAUUGAUAGGAUUGACUAAAAGUUUCAAAGCAACCCAUAAAAGCUUAUCUGCCACAGUUGAUAAGAAAAAGAUUUCAUAUUCUUCUUUUUUUCUGUCUGUGUUCAGAUAUUGCUACAAUAAUUUGUUAGAAGUUAGAUACAAAUUUGUAUCUGAAUAAUGUGAUAUUUUACUCUGUGAAUAUCUGAUUAUUGUUAUUUAGCUCCUGAAGGCAUCCGAGUCAGUUUUUUAAACUGUUUUUCCACUUCAUUGUGACUAGUGCCUUUUUGGACCUUAUUUGUGUUCAUAUUGUAUGUUUUAAUGUUUUGUUUAUUUAGUUACAAAAAGUAAUAGCUGCUUAUUGACAACAUAAGUGAAAAAUUGUUGUAAAUAAGAAAGAAGUGUGAUUGUUCAUGGAACCUUUGUUGUAAACAGGUAAUGAUGAGUGUGUCAGUGCUUGAAAUAAUUUUACUUUUUUACUUUUACUUUUACUUUUACAUUUUACUUAUGCUUUAAUUAUAUCACAAAUAUACACAAUAGAAAGGAAAAUUACCUAGAUCUUGGCAAACUGCUGUUUUUUAUUGCUGUUUUAGUACUUUAUAUAAAGUUUUAAAAGCUU